AGGACAGUCUGACUUCAGUUUGGAGUUUCACCGACGUGCUCGGCAGCAGAGAGGAUCUCACCUGGUUGUUAAAGCAGCAGUUGGUCUUCAGUUGAAUGAGUCUCUGAUGUUUCCAGCACACUGACAUCAUGGCGGCUGCAGCACCAGUGACAGAUGAUCUGCAACCACUGAAACGGAGCAGCAGCUUACAUUGGCUGCCACCUUACAUGUCUGAGCUGAGGGUUGUUCUGCUGGGGAACAGCUGGUCUGAGAGGAGUUCAGUGGGGAACUUCAUACUGGGAGAGACUAAGUUCAACACUGAGAAAGAACCAGGCUUUCUGACAGUCAGAGGACAGUUAAAGGAGAAAGAAAUAGUUCUCAUCAACGCUCCAGAUCUGCUGCAUCCCAACAUCUCUCAACACAAACUGACAGAACUUGUAAAAGACUGUGUGAGACUCUCUGAUCCUGGACCUCAUGUGUUCCUGCUGGUUCUACAGCCUGAAGACUUCACUGAGGAACACAAAUUGAGACUACAAUCAAUCCUUGAACUCUUCAGUGAUCAAUCAUUUGAUCAUUCUCUGGUUCUGAUAUCAACACCCAGAGAGGAGAGUCCAGGGUUGAUGGAAAAAUACCUGGAACGUCCUCCAUUAAAAGACAUGAUCAGAAAAUGUAGAUACAGAUAUUUGAAGCUGAAGAACCUUGAACGUUCAGAGCUGUUAACACGCUUGGGUCAAAUUGUGAAGGAGAAUAAUGGAGAAUAUGUCAGCUGUGAUGUAUUUAAGGCUCCAACAUCAACUUCACCAGGUGAUCAUCAAAGUCCAAAACAAAAGGAAACUCAGACUUCUAUCACAGAUGCUACCAUAAGACCAAAGUCUGAACCCAUCAAACCAGCUUUAAACCUGGUUCUGUGUGGGAGGAGAGGAGCAGGGAAGACUUCAGCAGCCGAGGCCAUUUUAGGUCAGACAGAGUUUCAUUCAGUCUCCAACUCAUCAGAGUGUGUUAAACAUCAGGGAGAGGUGUGUGGACGUUGGGUUUCCCUGGUGGAGCUGCCUGCCUUGUAUGGAAAACCUCAGGAGGCAGUGAUGGAGGAAUCACUCAGGAGUAUCUCCCUCUGUGAUCCUGAGGGCGUCCAUGCCUUCAUCCUGGUCCUACCUGUGGAUCCCCUCACUGAUGAAGACAAGGGAGAGUUAAAGACCAUCCAGAACACAUUCAGCUCUCGAGUCAAUGACUUCACCAUGAUUCUGUUCACUGUGGACUCAGAUCCUACAGCUCCAGCUGUUGUUGACUUUGUGAAAGAAAACAGAGACAUCCAGGAGCUCCGUCAGAGCUGUGGAGGAAGAUAUGUUGUUCUCAACAUCAAGGACAAGCAGCAGAUCCCAGAACUGUUGGACAUGGUGGAAAGAACGAGACUGAGACUCUACAAAGACAAACCAUCCUGCUACACAAUGGAAACAUAUGCAAAUGCCCAAACAGAAAAGCUCAUUCAAGAGAAAUGUAUCAACAUUAAGCAUCAAGGUGAACUUGAGAGGCUGAUGAAGAAGAACAAAAUCACUUGUGAUGAUGAAGAACGGAGUCCAGAGUGUCUCAGGAUUGUGCUGAUAGGGAAGACUGGCUGUGGAAAGAGCUCUUCAGGAAACACCAUUCUAGGAAGAAAAGGGUUUAAAGCUGAAUCAGCCCAAACAUCAGUCACUAAACACUGUCAGAAAGAACAGAGUGAAGUCGAUGGUCGUCAGGUGGUUGUGGUCGACACUCCUGGUCUGUUUGACAAUAGUUUGUCUCAUGAAGAGGUUCAUGAGGAGAUGGUGAAAUGCAUCAGUCUUCUGGCUCCAGGACCACAUGUCUUCCUGUUGGUGUUACAAAUUGGCAGAUUAACACCAGAGGAGAAGGAGACAUUAAAACUUAUCAAGGAAGGAUUUGGGAAGAAUUCUGAGAAGUUUACCAUCAUUCUUUUAACUGGAGGAGAUACACUGGAAGAUGAGGACAUAUCCAUUGAUGAAUACAUUGAAAAGAAGUGUGAUGAUUCCUUUAAGAAGCUGAUCUCUGACUGUGGAGGAAGAUACCAUGUGUUUAAUAACAAAGAUAAAGACAACCACACACAGGUCAGUGAGCUGAUAACCAAGAUUGACACCAUGGUGAAGGAAAAUGGACGCAGCUGCUACACUAAUGAGCUGCUGCAAGAGGCCGAAGCUUCAAUAAAGAAAGAAAUGGAGAGAAUCCUGAAGGAGAAAGAAGAAGAGAUGAAGAGAGAGAGGGAGGAGCUUCAAAGAAAACAUGAGGAAGAAAUGGAAGAAAUGAAAAGACGAAUGGAAGAACAGAGAGCAGAAAUUGAAAAUGAGAGAAAACUGAGAGAAAAACAACUUGAAGAAAAGGAGGAAAACAUCAAAAAAGAACGUGAGGAGAGAAAGAAAGAACAGGAAAUGAGAGAAGAAGAAGACAGGAAGAGAAAACAACAGGAAGAAAUUCAACGACAGGAGUGGAAACAGAAAGUUGAAGAUUUGGAGGAAAAAAUAAAAUCAGAGUCAGAAUCAAAGGAAACCAUUGAUAGAAAGCUGGAGGAGAGCAGAGAAGAGAUGAGAAAAGAACGAGAGAACUGGGAGAUAAAACUAAAAGAAUGGUGGGAAGAACGAUUUAAAGAAGAAGAACAGAGACGUCAGGAAAAACAAGGAAGACUUAGAAAGCUUCAAGAAGAAUACAAACAGGAAAGAGAAAAUUAUGAAAAGAAAAGAAAAGAAGAGGAUCGAAUCAGAAGAGAACAAGAGGAAAAAGAGAAAAAAGACAUUGAGGAGAACUAUAAGAAAAAACUGGAGAAUCUGAAGAAGACACAUGAAGAAGAAGCCAGAAAGAAAGCUGAAGAGUUCAAUGAAUUCAAAGAGAAAUACAAAAAGAAAUCUGCAGCUCUGAAGGAAGAACAUGAGAAACAAAUGAAAGACAAAGAUCAACAAUAUAACUACUUAAAGGCUCUUAAAGUCCACAAUGAAGAACAAAUGAAGAAGAAACAUCAAGAGGAAAUGUGUGACUUAGUGAAAUGUGUGACCAAAAAGAAAGAAAAUAUGAAAAAAAUCAAAGACUUACUGAAAAAACACAAAAAAGAAACGAAGAGAGAACAAAAUGAAGAAAUAAAGCAGAAGUUGCAACAAAAACAUGAAAUAGAAAUAAAUGAGUUGAUACAGGAAGUGAUGACACAAGUUGACACAUCAAGCUGUCACAUUUUAUGAGAUUUUUUUUAUGUAAACGUCACAACAACAGAUCAGUUUUAGAAGUUUCCUUUUUUCUACUUUCAUUUAGUUUCAAUCAGUGAAACUUUAAAGAAGGAAAUAUUCCAUAGUAAUAUUCAGCAGUGGACUACACUGUAAUGUAAAGCAUGGUCACAGAAAUACUUCUCAUUGGCUGUCUGGUGUCUGAAUCAGCAGCCUGUACAAUAUUCAACUGCAGGUAACCAUAGCAACAGUAGUGAUGCUGCAGGCUUCAUCAGCAGGUAACCAUAGCAACUGUAUUGAUGCUGCAGGCUUCAUCAGCAGGUCACCAUAGCAACAGUAGUGAUGCUGCAGGCUUCAUCAGCAGGUCACCAUAGCAACAGUAGUGAUGCUGCAGGCUUCAUCAGCAGUAAGUGAAACUAAAGCCGAGUGCAGAAUAUAAAGAAUCUCUUCAUGUUUGUCUCAGACUGUGAUCAUGUUGAUGUGGAGGUGCAGAAACCUCACAGCUGAUCUCAGACGAGUUUUAACUGAUUACAACUUUAUUGAA